UUGAAAUCAGUGAGUUGAAAAGGGAAUUUAGAAACGGUAUGAUCUUAUGAAGUCGUGAUUGUCAUUUCCUUUGUCAGGAGACAUAAAACAACCAACAUUAUCUUUAAGCAUUUUGUUAUUCUGUCUGCUGCUCAGGUUUAAGCUGUAGCCAAAAUGUCAAGUCACUUAUGCCAGUGAAGGAUUUGUAGGGCUUUUAAUCAUGCCAGUGUUUAUAUAAUGUAUUAUAUUGUAGUUUCUUUGUAAAGCGCUUCAAUAAGGUUUCAGGUGUUUUCAUGACGCACGGAAAAACCCGACACAUUCCGAACGCUCACGAACUCUGGUUUCUUAGCAACCAGUGUUUAAUAUGUAGCUGAGUUGGUCUCGUUUUAAAACAGGAGUCCGUUCAAGUUUAACACUGCAUUUCGUUACCCAACAUAACAUUUUUAAGUCAAAAAUGUUUAACGUUGAUUUACUCUCGGACCGCAUCGCGAGGACAAGUCUGCAGAGGCGUCGCAACAGAGAGACUGAAAGACAAGAGAGGAUUUUUGACCACCAAUUGAGGACUCUCGGGGUCGACAAGGAGGCCUUAAACACGCAGAUGAGAGAAAAAGAGAAACGAGAAGAAGCAGCGAAAGAGGAUCAAAUCGCUCAUGAUGCUGAAAUGCUCCAUAAUAGCAAAGUAGCUUGCCUCCUCCAUAGCAGAGAAGUGAAGGAGAAGCGUGCAAUGGAAAAGGCCAUCGUUGACUUCCGGCAACAGUACCAGCAGCCUUUGCGCCAGCGGGAGUAUGACCUGAAUGAACCAGACCGUCGUAAAACAGACCCAGGUGAUGCAGAGAUGAUGCCCCCCGGCCUGGUGGGCGAGGACCCCGACAGUGAGAGCAGGCGACAGAGACAGAGAGAGCAGCUCAAAGAGUGGCUCCUCCAGCAGCAGAGCGAGCGAGCAGCAGAAAUGCAACAACGGAAGCUGGAGGAGCAGCGCUAUGACCAAAGCAGAGAAGACCUGGACGGCAAAGCUCUGAAGCUUCAGAGCUUUGAGAUGGAGAGGAGAAAAGCAGCAACUAUUGCCACUAAAGAGUACAAUCUGGUCAUGAUAGAAGGGAAACGUCGCCAGGAAGGGGAACGUAAUGACAGGGGCAAUGAAGCAGGUACCAUGGUGAACCACCUGCGAGGACAGCUGGCAGGUGUAGAUGCCCACCCCCCACAGGUGCCUGGUCCUUGUCCCAGCAGUGAUAGGAGAGCCCCUCCGGAGAACCUGCAGCAGAUCAUCCAGUUCCAGAAAUAUCAGAUGGAGGAGAAAAGGAGAGUAGAACUAGAGAAGAAGCGUGAAGAAGAGCAACACGAUCGUGUCCGCCUGGCCUCGGCUCGCACGGCUCUGUUAUUAGAGAGGCAGCAGGCAAGACUGAACAAACAGCUGAGACAACACCUGGACACUACCAACGCCAAGCUUUCAGAAACACACACUCAACAGAAACCAGACAUAGAAAGAGGAUGUAUUGACGACAGCUUCUUCUCCAAUUUCAACACCUGCAGCAGAUGAUGGAUGACACCCUGCUGCGCUGACGGCUGGCUCAUUACAGUGGCUACUGAUAAUGGCACUACACGAGAAGAACACUGAAUAAACUGAAGCACAGCAAGUUGUUUUUACUCAUGUCAAAAUGUAAUUAUAGCAGUUUACAUUUAAAUGUCUGGAUGAUGCUGACAGUUCAUAUGAAUCUUGGCUGUUGCUGCAAAAAAUAGCCCCAAAGAAACGUGAGCUUUUUCAUGUGCUACAUAAACAUGAGCAAACUGUCAGCUGUGCCCCCUUUAUAUACCCACGACAGCUACAAAUAUAGUCUUUCAAGAACAGCAUUUAUCAAAGCCCUCAGGAUUUAACAAGCUACGCAUUACUCUGACAAAACACACUGCAAAGACAACGCAAACAUUUAGCCCCUCAACCAGUUAACAAUGCUAACUGUUACAAAAAGGUAAACCUGAGUCUUAAAGUGCAAAGACGCAUCAAAAACAAAAAAUAGACAAACCAAGAUGCCUUUAAUUGAAGCUAUUUCACACAUGUAGGUCAAGUUAUUUCCUUAAAUGUUAUGGGACAUACCUCAGGCUUGUUUCAAAUCAAAUAAAAUGUAUUUGUAUAGCCCAAUAUCACAAAUUAUACAUUUGU